GUAUGUAUAACUAAAUAUAGAAUGACCUGCAACCCAUGACUCAUGCCAGGUCAUGUUAUGAAACAAUGAGUACUUGUACAAGAGAUGCCUACAAAGAUGUCUGACUGACACAGAGCCUCAAUAAAGCUAUACAACUUAUUAGUUCAAUCAAAGCUCUCCAACUGGUCUUUUAUAAGAACAUAAUAUGGUGUCAGAACUAGGCAGCCAGUGUUUGUGCUGAGCGACCCAGCCUACAGUGUAUAUAUAUGGAGGAAUCAUUGAAAUCAGGCCAGUUCAAUCCAAUUCUUUGUGAUGUGAGAGAUGAUGAGAGCUAGAGGGCUUAGAGUCUAAGUGUAUGUCCAGUGAAUGUAGUUAUGUCCAUAAUAGUUAGCGCUGUCGUUGUAUGGAUUGGAGUGCAUAGUUCUGUGCCGGGCCAGUUCCAGUAUAACGGGCAGUAAGCGUGACAUAUAUGGGACAUGAACAUACAGAAUAACUCAGUGAAAGUUAAUAGUUGAGCUUAAAGUAAUUGUUGCAAAGAUACAAAAAUAAAAAGCUAAUUGUUAUGCUGUUCAUGUGAGUGACUACACUAGGCUAAGAAACAAAAUGGCAAAUCUCAGUCAACCUCCUCCACUCGACUUAAAGGGAAAUAUUUCCGAGAACUGGAGAAGAUUUAAACAGAAAUUCACUCUAUACAAUGUUGCCUCAGGAAUGUCUGAAAAAGAUGAAAAGUUACAAACAUCAAUGCUUCUACACGUGAUUGGCGAUGCUGCCUUGGAAUUGUAUAAUACGUUUGUAUUUGCUGAGGGUGAGAGCAUGAAGCUUGAGAAAGUGUUGAACAAAUAUGAGGAAUAUUGCAUGCCGAAACGUAAUCUAACGUAUGAGAGACAUAGAUUUUUCACAAGAUCUCAGUUAGUGCAUGAGAGUGUUGAUCAGUACGCAACAGAAUUGCGGAGUCGUGCUCAGUCAUGUGAGUUUUCCAUGUUGAAAGAGAGUCUUAUCCAGGACAGAAUUAUCUGUGGUAUUUUAGACGAUGGUCUAAGAGAACGUUUGUUGAGGCAAGAUGAUCUUACAUUGGUUAAAACGUUGCAAGUAUGUCGUGCGGCUGAACAAACUCGAACGCAGGCACAAGCGUUGAGUUCCGCAGGGGGAAACGCCUCAAUUCCGGUAGAUUCUUUCAGCAAGACUAAGAAGAAAUUUCCUGGUUCAAAGUCAAAACGGUCAGAACCUCAAGGUCGUACUAAAAGUAAUGCAUGUAGCAGGUGCGGAAACCGACAUAGCAAAGACAAAUGUCCCGCACAAGGUCAAACAUGCAAGAAGUGCGGUAAGCAGAAUCAUUUUGCUAAAUGUUGUAAAACCCCAGUAGCCAAGGUCAAUGAACUGCAGCACUUGGAAGUAGAUUCAGAAGGUUUCAUGAUUUGCUCUGUUGAAUUAAAAGAAUCCAAUGAUGAAUGGAUAGUUAAUCUACUAGUCAAUAACCAGCCGGUUGACUUCAAGGUUGAUACUGGUGCUCAGGCGAAUCUUCUUCCUGAGACAGUAUUUCACAAAUUGAAACCAAAACCAAAGCUACAAAAAGCCAAAGUGAUGUUGACAGGUUAUUAUGAGACAGAUAUCCCGGUCAAAGGUCGUUGUUGUGUACAAGUUGAGUACAAAGGGAUCAAACGCAAUGUGCCGUGUCUAGUCAUUCCUGGAAAUCGUCAGCCUUUGUUAGGAUUACGGACGAGUGAAGACUUGUAUCUGGUGAAACGGGUGUAUCAUGUUGAGAAACAAACUGAACACGUAACGGGUAAAAGUGUAGUUCAAGACUAUCAAGAUGUGUUUGUAGGUCUAGGUUGUCUUCCUGGUAAACACCACAUCACAUUGAGAGAGGACGCACAUCCUGUUCAACAUGCAUGUCGCAAAGUUCCAUUUCCACUUCAAGAUAAACUCAAAGACGAGUUAGAUAAGAUGGAACGAAUGGACGUAAUCACACGAGUUGAUGAGCCAACUGAUUGGGUGUCUUCUCUCGUGGUGGUGAUGAAAAAGAACGGUCAGCUCAGGAUCUGUCUAGAUCCAAGAGACCUGAACCGAGCAAUCAAAAGAGAACACUAUCAAUUGCCAUCAAGAGCUGAAAUAACUGCACAUUUUGCAGGAGCCAAAUACUUCAGCAAGUUAGAUGCAUCUAGUGGUUUUUGGCAGAUCCAACUAGAUGACGAAAGCUCCAAACUUUGUACGUUUAUCACGCCAUACGGAAGGUACAAGUUCUUGAGACUACCUUUUGGUAUUUGUAGUGCUCCGGAAGUCUAUCACAAGAUAGUGCACCAACUGUUUGCACAUAUUCCGGGAGUUAACACAAUGAUGGAUGAUGUGAUUGUAUGGGGAACUACCCAACAGGAGCAUGAUGACAGGUUGAGAGAGGUUCUCAGCAUUGUGAGAAAAAUGAAUCUCAAGUUGAACAAAGACAAAUGCGAGUUCAAUGUCAAGAAGCUCACAUUCAUUGGUGACUUGAUCAGUGAUCAAGGAGUUCAACCUGAUCCAAAGAAAGUGUCUGCUAUCUUGAACAUUGAGAGACCGAAAUGUCGGAAAGAUGUCCAACGGUUCUUGGGUAUGAUCAAUUACCAAGGGAAGUUCAUUCCAGAUCUGUCGACCAAGUCAGCAGCACUGAGACAUCUACUAGACAAAAAGAAUGUAUGGACAUGGGAUCAUGCACAAGAGGAUGCAUGGAAUCAGCUGAAACAAGCUCUGAUACAAGAGCCAGUCCUACAUUUCUAUGACUGCAAGAAACCAACCAAGCUGUCAGCAGACGCAUCAAAGGAUGGUAUUGGUGCCGUGCUACUACAGCAAUAUGAUCAAGAUUGGGUUCCGAUCGCAUAUGCAUCUCGAUCAAUGACUGAUGCAGAGACUAGAUAUGCACAGAUCGAGAAAGAAUUGCUGGCAAUCACAUACGCAUGUGAAAGAUUCCAUCAAUACAUCUAUGGACAACAAGUAGAAGUGGAGACUGAUCACAAGCCACUUAUUCCACUGUUUGUAAAGUCACUGGGUGACUGUCCCCUACGCAUUCAAAGGUUACUCAUCAGGGUACAGAGAUAUGAUCUCAAGGUCUUGUACACGCCUGGAAAGUACAUGUAUACUGCUGAUACAUUGUCCAGAGCAGUAGAUCCGAAGGCUGAGUUGAAUGCUGAAACUGAGGAAGAUAUUAGAGUCUACGUAGAUGCUAUUGUCAAGAGCAUGCCAGUUACAUCGAACAAACGAAAUCAGAUUGUCGAAGAGACAAAGAAAGAUGAUCAACUGCAAGAGCUGCUAGGCAUCAUCAGAGAUGGUUGGCCGGAAACGAAGCAGCAAUGUCCAGUUAGAGUCAGGGAAUACUGGAACAUCAGGAGUGAACUCUCUGAAGCAGAUGGCAUCAUCUUCAAAGGCAGCAAAAUAGUGGUUCCCACUACGAUGAGAAGGUUCAUGCUAAACAAAAUCCAUGAAGGACACUUAGGCAUCGAGAAGUGUAAGAAACGUGCUAGAGAAGUCAUCUAUUGGCCCAGAAUUAACACAGACAUCACUGAAAUGGUCCAAAGUUGUACUUCAUGCCUAAUGUACAGACCAAAACAGCAAGCUGAAAGUCUACAUCCUCAUGACGUGCCGAACCGCCCGUGGGAAAAAGUUGCUGUUGAUUUGUUCACGCUGAACAAUAGAGAGUACAUGGUCAUCGUCGACUACUAUUCACAGUUCAUUGAAGUAUGUACUAUGACUUCUACUAGUAGCAAGGCCGUGAUCAACCACAUGAAAGCAGUAUUUGCUCGCCAUGGAACGCCGUGUGAACUCAUGUCGGAUAAUGGUCCUCAAUUUGCAAGCCAAGAGUUCCAGAGCUUUGCAAAAGAAUGGGAUUUUCGCCAUACUACAUCGAGUCCAUAUUAUCCGCAAUCCAAUGGCCUCGCAGAGAAUGCUGUGAAGAUUGUCAAAAAACUCAUAUUGAAGUCACAGCACAGUGGACAGGAUAUCCACAGAGCUCUACAAGUCUAUCGCAGUUCACCACUAGCAUGCGGAAAGUCUCCGGCAGAACUCCUCUACAAUCGUCGACUUCGAUCAAAUCUCCCCAUGCUUGACAGUUUACUCGACAACCAACAGGUCAAUACUCGAUCAGUGAGGGGAAGAAAGGAGGAUCAUAAGGUGAAGCAAAAAGAGCGAUUCGACAAACAUGCUCGAGACUUGUCAAAGCUAAAGCCUGGAGAUCAUGUCAUACUCCAAGACAUGAAAACCAACACCUGGUCGAAACGUGGUAUUGUCAGGUCUGUCCAGGAUCGAAACAGAUCAUACCAGAUCGAGACAGAAACAGGAGAGAUACGUCGCAGAAACAGACGUCACCUCAGGCCAGUCCCACGUCAACAACAAGCCGAGUCUAUUCCACUACCAACACAGGAUGACUUCGAGCUAGAUGACACUGCAGAAGCUACAGAGCAACCAGCAUCUGAAGAAAGCUCAACUACGUCAUCAACCAGAACCAGAAGCGGACGAGUUAUUAAACCGCCAGAUCGCUUGAACUUGUAAAUAAAUGAAAGCGAACUACAGAGAAAGACUUUCGCGUUUUGUAAAUAGUUUAUAGUUACAGAGUUCAACUUGGACUUUAAAACAUAACUGCAGGAUUGCAUGAGCAUGAUAUAUAUAUUUGCAUGUUAUAGUUUAAAAAUAUAACCGGAUUCAAUUAGUCACUUGAUUACAAAAAUCAACAGAUAUCACUCAACCUCAACGGAGAAUUCCAGUUUCGCGAAUCGCAACCUUGAAAGAUAUGGACUGUCGCGUAAUAAGUUAUAUAUUUGAAAGCGACAGUACUCCAGCUUUAAGGGACAGAAUAAUGCCCUAGUACAGUCGCGAGUGUACAGGUAGUCCACCCUGUCACUCUGUACAGUUUAAGAAGUUUUAUAUAUGUAUAUGUAAACCUCUUUUAAAGAAGGGAGGUGUAGUGAUAGCUACAUGUAGUUUAACAGAGUCUGCAAAUACAGACUAGUAUGUAUAACUAAAUAUAGAAUGACCUGCAACCCAUGACUCAUGCCAGGUCAUGUUAUGAAACAAUGAGUACUUGUACAAGAGAUGCCUACAAAGAUGUCUGACUGACACAGAGCCUCAAUAAAGCUAUACAACUUAUUAGUUCAA